AUGUACGGCGGCGCGGAUCAUGGCGCGUCGGUACCGCCCCGUCCGUCGCGGCCUACCAACCACCGGAGAGUGCAAUCGGACACCAGCUUCCUCUUCGAUCAAGCCGUGCAACCCCACCCCCCCGAUGGAAACGUGCAGCGCGCGUUAUCCGCGUCGCGCUACCGCCAGCAUUCCGCGUACGCUCUGUCGGAGCAACCGGUGAUAGAAGAGGAUGAGCGGGCCACCGAAGGCCAUUCGCCGGCGUCCUCCCCGCCCCUGGCGCGCCGAUGCAAGUCUUACUCACGCGCCAAGUCUAAGGAACCCGCUAUCGGCGGGGAUGAUGACUGGGUGCGGGAGAGAUUGCGCGAGCAUGAGAGGGAGGUGGAGCAAGAAUGGCGGUCCGGUGAGCGGAUGCGCGGGAGCUUCAAGGAGCGCGAGCGCGCGUCGCAUGCGGCUCGGCCUCGCGAGGCGGAGAAGGAUCGAGGCGCGGCGCCGAGGGAACGCGUGGAGGCGCGGAAUGGGAGCUUUCGCGAGAGGGACAGGCAACGGGGCGAUGGGAUCAGCGGAAGCCUCUGGGAAAGAGAGGCACUCAAGGAGGCACCGAGAGAGUAUGCGAAGGAAAGUUACGGAGGGGAGCGCGGGAGGAGCGCGCACAAGGAAGUAGCUUCUCAGGACCGAGGAAGCGGGGAUAUACGAGACGAAGACGAUCGAGGAGGGAGCAGGGGCGGCGCGGGAAGGGUCGAGCAAGGAGAACGGGAUGGCGGAAGGGCGCAAGGCUCCGCGGUGGAGCAGGAACGAGAGCAGGAGAGAAGCAGGGAGAGGCACAAGGGCCGAACCCAUGAAGGGGACGACGCAGGCGAGGAAGGGUACAGGGAGUACGGCUCCUCGUCGCACGCGCAGCACCACUCGCACCAGCCGUCGCACCUCUCGUCGCACCAGUCGUCGCACCAGUCGCAGCGCCUGUCGCAGCAAGGUGGCGUGAGCAGGCCGCAGCAGCGGUCCGAUCGCGCGGACGCGCAUCAGAGCAACCAAGGCUCGAGUCCCCCUAUGCACGCACAGCAUCCGCGCCAGCAGCCGCCCCCCCACCAACAGCAGCCGGCGGAUGGGAGUCCUUCCGCUGGUCCUGCGCAAACCUCGCGCGGGUCCCCGCUCAAUUUUAAGCCGCGGGGGUAUAGCGGGGCGAGCAGCGCGAGCGGCGGGCCUUCCCCCGAGAGCGGAAAGCACGGACCGUCGCCCAUGGCUCCGGACAUGCUACGCGUGAUGAAUCAGAGCAAUCGCCACCGUCGGAUUCGAUCGGAGGACUGUUCCGCGUUCUACCACGUGGCUAUUAAUGACCCGGGCUCUGGCGGCAGCAGCCCCUCGAACGCGCCUUCCGGGAUCGCAGGCAGCAGGGGCGCUCCGAGCAGCGGCUUGCACGGGAGUGGCCGAGCUCCCAGCGCGAAUUACGGCGGUUCGGGGAUCGCCAGCGGCGCGGGGCGGUCGGGCGCGGGCAGCCAUAGCAGCGGCGCAGGCAGCGGAAGCGGUCUGGCGGACCACGGGGCGCAGAUGCGCAAGGGGGACGCGGGGACAAGCGCUAACGGCGCAAAGGGUGGCCCAGGGCAAGUAGGUGAGCGCGAGGGCAUGGACAGGGUUGGGGGGGAGCGGAAACCGGCGCCCGAACGACCAGCGGAGAGAGCAGCAGAGAGAGCUCCGCCCGAGAGAGGGCCUGAGAAGGCAGCAGCGGGCAUGCCUGUGUUGGCGCGGGGAAUAGGCAGCCAGAAGGAGCGGCGGCGCUCGCGGUCAAUGCUGUUCCCGCCUUCCCACUCCGUUUCCUCCGUCCCCUCGUCCGACCAUGAGCGCUCGCAGGAGCAGCUCUCAGCUUCCCCCGUAGGCGCGGGGGCGGCGGCUAGCAGGGAAGCCCUAGGGGGCUCCCCGGAUGGUCACGGCGGGGGAAGAGGCGCAGCUGGCGGGGGAUCCGCGGGGAUGAAGGGGUCCGCGCUGGGGAGAGGGCGGGGAGGGGGAGGGGGAGGGGGGAGGGGGAUACUGGGCGCGGCAGUGGACGUUUUAGAGCAGCAGCAGCAGCGGUUGCGGCAGCAGCAGCAGCAGCAGCAGCAGCAUCAGUGGCAGAAGCUGCAAGGAGCAGUGGAUUCUGACACGCGCGAGGGGGCGCAGGAGAAGGGGGACGGCGCAGCGGGGAGGGCGCACGCGGAGGACGAGGGUAGGGGGAAGGCGCUCAGUGGCGGGGGGUACGGCGAAGGGGGGAAGAGCGCUGGCAGGCGGUCACUGGACGCGGGACUGCAGAGAGGCGCGGGGGGGAUUACAGGGGGAAGCACAGGGGGAAGCGCAGGGGGAAGCGCAGGGGGGGCCGCAGGAGGAGGUAUGGGCGGAGGGGCGCAUGAGGGAGCAGUGCGCGCGCGGGCGGGGCUCCAUGAGCCUGACUCGGCGGGUGAUUCUAGAUUGAGGAGCGCGGGACACGGGGGACAAGGGGGACAAGGGGGGGAGGCGAUGGGCGCAGGUGGGAGGAGAGGCAUACGGCCUGGGCAGAGCGAAGCAGGGGCAGGGGCAGGAACGGCCGGGGCGUUUGGUGCGUCAGGUCCGUCAGGGGCGCUACAGGGGCAUCACACGGGUGGAACGAGCCCAGAGGACGCUUUAGAGCAGCAGAUGAAGGCAGUGCGGCGAAAGCCGGGCCACCAGCGCUCCUACUCACACUCCAUGUCCCCUCCCUCCUCGUCCCCCCCCCGCAUCACUGCGUCAGCUUCAGUAGGGUAUGCGGGCAUAGGCGGGGGAAUUGCAGGGAUGGGCGCAGGGGGAGGCUCUGGGGCGCUUUCCGCCUCCCCCUUGUCCAGCAGGCCCCCCCCCCGCAGUCCCCCCCGCGCUGCCGUUGGGCCUUCCCGCGCUGCUACAGCCCGUAGCACAAGUGGAAGCUUCUUGGCAAGUGCGGGAGCUGCAGUGGCGGCAGUAGGGGCGGAAAUGGGGUCUGGGUUGAGAAAGGGACUUGGAGGAGGAGCAGGGGAGGGUGGAGCGAGCAGCAGCAGGGAGGGCAGCAGCGGGGCCGCAAGCAGUGGCAUGGGCAUCGGCAGCAGUUUUAGCAGCAGCGGUAACAGCGGCGGCAGCAGCAGCAGCAGUGGUAGCAGGCAGCGCAGCAGUGGGGAGGAGGCGAUGGGAGCAGCAGCAGCGCGGUCGCGGCACCGCAGGAGCGAGAGUGCAGGCCCAGGGUACUUCGUCCCAGGAGCAGGCAUGUGGGGGGUUGGCGGAGCAGGGGGCAUGGCGCAUGGCACCCGAGGCGUAGGCAAUAGCAGCAGCGGCUCUGGCGCUAGUAGCGGUGCUGGCAACGGCAGUGGCAGUGGCAGCGGCGGCAGCGGUGGGGGUGGUGGCAGCGGUGGCAGCAAGGGAAUGUUUCCAUCUGUGUCGGUGGGUGAGCUAGGGGUGAACAGCCCCAGGGGAAGGGGCGUGGCCGUGCCUGCGGGCAGGGGCAGCAGCCCCCUCUCUGUGCCCUCCAAGGCCAGCAUUGGAGGCAGCGGGUUGAAGGUAGCAGGCGGGGGAGGGGGCGGGGGAGGGGGAGGGGGAGGCGGAGGGGGAGAAGGAGGGACGGGAGCAGGAGGAGCAUGGGGAGGAGAGGCGGAGAGGGCAGGCGGGGCGAGUGGGGGUGGUGGUGGAGGGGCGGGGAACUCAUCACCAGCUUCCAAUUCCCCGUCCGCCUUGUCUCCCGAGUCAUCCGCUCCCUCGUCGAAACCUUUUGCUGCCGUCUCUGCCCGCCCAAGCAAGGACGGGAAGCCGCAUGGUAGCCCUUCGAAGCCCACCUCCACCUCCCGGUCUGCUUCCCCCCCUGGGGUGCACCACAGUGGCGCGCAGGGGGCAGGCGGGCAGGGCGCAGGUGCAAGCGCAGGGGCAGGCAUGGGCGCAGGUAUAGGGGUAAACACAAGCACAAGCACAAGCAGCGGCACCAGUGCAAGUGCAAGCAGCUUCCAGGGGCACGGUGCUGCUCCUGGCAAUGGGAGCAGCAGUGCAGUGCUGGGUAGCGUUGCGCUGAAGCUCAAGGCGCGUGGCGGCAUGCACAUCAACCUGCCUCGCAGCACCAGCACAGGCGGCGCCGGGGGCAGCGGCAGCGACUCUCACGGCCUGGGAGGCGCCGGGAGCGGGGGAGGGGGCGGAGAGAGGGGGGGAGCAGGCAGGGGCGGCGGAGGAGGAGGAGCAGGGGGAGGCGGCGCAGGGGGAGGAGGAGGAGGCGGAGGGGGGAGUUUCGGGGCGAGUCCUGAAGCCCAGUUCGGGUCUAGGAAGAACCUGGGAAGCGGAACGUGCUUCUCCCAGACAACAAGCCCUACGAGCGGCUAUAACAGCCCGUACAACCUGGCGAGCCCCCAGGAGGGAGUGAGUCCGUGCAGCCAGACGUCCAGCCCAGGCCCUCUUCUUGACCCUGACCGCUUGUGGGAGCUGCAGAAUUUCAAGCGCGCCACCCCCAACACUACUCCCACCACCUCGCCCCGCCUCGCUGGGUCGCUGUCGCCCCCGCCUGUUGCCCCCCCCCGCACGCCCAACGUGAGUGAUUAUUAUUACUCCUACAAGUCUGGGGGUAGCCCGAGAGGACCUGGUGGAGCGGAGGGUGUGGGGCAGGAAGGAGAGGGGCAGGUGCUGGGGCAUGGAGGGGAGGUGGUAGAUGCAGCAGGAGCCGCCGCCGCAGCAGCAGCAGCAGGAGGAGGAGCAGCAGCAGCAGCGGAAGGAGCGGCGGCAGCGGCGGCAGUGACACCGGCGACGUCGAAUGUGUUGCAGAAGCCGUAUGUGGUGCUGGCAGAGGUGUACCGGCUGUCCCGCAAGGAGCUGGGGCGCGGCAACUUUGGGGUGAUCCGCGUGUGCGAGAAGCGCGAGACCGGGGAGAGGUUCGCGUGCAAGACCAUCGAGAAGAAGAACCUGCAGUGUUGGGAGGACGUGGAGGACGUGCGGAGGGAGGUGGCGGUGAUGGAGGUGCUGAGGGGCCACCCCAACGUCAUCACGCUCCUGGACACCGUCGAGGACCUAAAGGAGGUGCAUCUGAUCAUGGAACUCUGUGAGGGAGGAGAGCUGUUUGACCGCAUUCAGGAGCGCGGGUACUACAGCGAGCGGCAGGCGGCGAAGGUGACGCGCACGGUGAUCGAGGUGCUGCAGCACUGCCACGGGCUGGCCGUGCUGCACCGCGACCUCAAGCCCGAGAACAUCCUGCUCACCAGCAAGCGCAGCGACACGCGCUGCAAGGUCAUUGACUACGGCAUGGCCUAUAUCUUCCAGCCUGGCGAGCGGUGCACGUUCCGAGCGGGCACGCCGAACUACAUCGCGCCCGAGGUGAUCAACAAGAACUACGGCGUGGAGGCGGACGUGUGGAGCGCGGGCGUGAUCCUCUACAUCCUGCUGUGCGGCCUGCCGCCCUUCUGGGGCGACACUACGGAGGAGAUCUUCAAGAGUGUGCUGUGGGGGCACCUUGACUUUGACACCGACCCCUGGCCACAGGUGUCGGACGCGGCUAAGGAUUUAGUGCGGAGGAUGUUGUGCAAGAACUAUGCCAAGCGCAUUACGGUGGAGGGAAUUUUGCGCCACCCUUGGAUCGUGGCUUACACCACGUAG